CCAGAAAGAAGUAAGGACACACACAGAACUUGUAAAGAAAGAAACUUGGCGCUUAUAGAAUUCAGAGUAGCAAGCACAAUGAGUGUUGCAGGGAUAGAUAUCGGGGACCAAAAGUCAUGCAUAGCAGUAGCCAGGAAGAGGGGUAUCGAUGUGCUCAUGAACAAAGAGAGCAAGCGGGAGACACCCAGCCUGGUCAGCUUUGGCACAAAGCAGAGGCAGCUUGGCACAGAUGCAGCGGGCAGCCUGACGAUCAAUCCCAAGAACACACUCUUUGGGCUCAAGCGGCUGCUGGGAAAGAAUUUCAGUAACCCAGAUGUGCAGAGGGAUCUUCCGGAGCUUCCCUACAAUGUCAGCGAAGGUCCAGAUGGUGGCAUCCUCAUCAAUGUUGACUACUUGGGGGAGAGGCAGUCCUUCACACCAGAGCAGAUCGUUGCAGCCAUCAUAGUGGAUAUGAAGGACAUCGCAGAGGUGGACGGCAGCCCUGUGACAGACUGCGUAUUGUCAGUUCCCACAUAUUACCUGGAGACAGAGCGGUAUGCCAUGCUGGCUGCUGCAAAGAUCGCGGGCGUCAACUGCCUCCGGCUGAUCAACGAGACCACAGCAACAGCGUUAGCGUACGGCAUCUACAAGACAGACCUUCCCGAAACCGACCCCAUCAAUGUGGUCUUUAUCGACGCCGGACACACAGCCUUCCAGGUGUCCAUUGUGGCCUUCAAGAAGGGCCAGCUGCGCGUGCUGUCGCAUGCCUGGGACAGGAACCUUGGCGGCCGCGAUCUGGACAACGUCCUCUUCAACCACUUUGCGAACGAGUUCAAGGAGAAGUACAAGCUGGACGUGCGCACCAACCCAAGGUCGGCCUUCCGCCUGCGCCUGGGCUGUGAGAAGUUAAAAAAGAUACUGAGCUCCAUCUUGGAGGCGCCCCUGAACGUGGAGUGCCUCAUGAACGACAUUGACUUCCGCAGCAGCAUGACCCGCGAGCAGUUUGAGGAGCUGGCGCAGCCUGUGCUCCAGCGCGCACGCGCCCCUCUGGCAACGGCAUUGGAGCAGGCGAAGAUCUCUCUGGAGGACAUCGCGUCCGUGGAGGUGGUUGGGGGGUCGUCGCGCGUGCCGGCGCUGCUGACGACGAUGCGCGACUUCUUCAAGAAGGAGCCCAGCCGCACGCUCAACGCGACCGAGGUCGUCUGCCGCGGCUGCGCGCUCAACUGCGCCAUGCUGUCCCCCAUCUUCAGAGUGCGUGACUUUGAGGUGAUCGAGGCGUUCCCAUUCGGCAUCGAGUUCCAGUGGGACAAGGACGGAGAGCGCAUCACAUCUGUGCUCUUUGAGCGCAAUGGCCCCAUCCCAUCUGCAAAGAUGCUGACAUUCUUCAGGAACACAGCAUUCACGCUGACAGCGCGCUACACGGAUGACUCACCUGUGCCGGAGGGCUUCGACCGCACGAUUGGGACCUUUGAGAUUGGCCCCCCUGUGAAUGUGCCCACAGACGGCUCCAACGCCAAGAUCAAGGUCAAGGUGAAACUCAACCUGCAUGGCGUCGUGGGCGUGGAAUCAGCGCAGCAGAUCGAGGAGGAGGAGUAUGAGGAGACUGUCAAGGUCUAUGAGUCAGCUUCUGCCAAGGCGUCCACCGCACCCGGGCCCGCCGACGGCCCCGCGCCGAUGGAGACUGAAGCUGAGGGGCCAAAGAAGCGGCGCACUAAGAAGCUGCAGGUGCCCUUCAAGGUGCACGUCGAGGGCCUCAGCGACAAGAUUGUGCAGGACUUCAUCGAGAUGGAGGGCAACAUCGAGCUGCAGAAGAAGCGGCAGGACGAGACGAACGAGCGCAAGAAUGCGGUGGAGGCGUACGUGUACGGACUGCGCAACCAGCUCUCCGACGCGCUGGCUCCUUUUGUCACCGAGCAGGAGCAGGCCACCGUCAGCGACAAGCUCAACCAGACCGAGGACUGGCUGUACGAGGAGGGCGAGGAUGAGAGCAAGGGGGUCUACGAGGCGAAGCUGAAGGAGCUGCAGGCGAUGGGCGAGCCGCUGCUGCACCGCGCUCGCGAGGCCCAGGCCCGGCCGGCCGCCGCCGCCGCGCUGACGUCCACCGCCAACCGGCUGAUCGCCGCGGCCACCACCAACGAUGCCAAGCACGCCCACAUCCCCCAGGACGACAAGGACAAGGUGGUGGCGGAGGCGCGCAAGGCGCUGGAGUGGCUGGAGGAGAAGCAGAGGCUGCAGGGGUCGCUGCGCAAGACGGACGACCCUGUGCUCAGCUCGGCCGACAUCAAGAAGCGCGAAGACACCAUCGUCCGCUUCUCCGACCCCAUCCUCUCCAAGUCCGCCCCACCCCCGCCCAAGGAGGACAAGAAGCCUGAGCCCAAGGAAGCUGAGAAGCAGGAGCCGGCAGCUGCCUCGGAGGAACCCAUGGAGACGGAUGCAGCUGCCGGGAACUCGGCACCCGAGGUGGAGAUGGUUGACUAGACGUCCGGUCAGCAAGUGGUUUUAUUGUAGAGCCAGAGGCCUGGAGUCUGUGGUGUCUGCAUCAGUCUGUGUCUUGGGCCAGUCACCGGAGUAGCUGGUGCCCUGGGUUGAGCAGAUUAGUGAAAUGAGAAUGGAUGAGGACAUUUCUCGUCUGAGGAUGGGUGCAGAGAGUGACAUGCAGAGACUGCUUUGAAUUAAAUUACGCAUAGCCUCGUCGCUGUUUGUGUCAUCAGGCAAUCCAAUGACUAUAUUGCAUGGGGACCAUGGUUUGGUGUGAGCUCAAAGCAGGAAGGUGUUUCACAACGCUCGUCUGAUGCUCUAUGGCAUCACAAAUGCAUCCAGUAGGGGGCAGAUAUUUGGAUUUGCGGACCGCAGAUGUCUUUGUGUCUGCGGUGCUGGCACUUGGCUAGCCAGGUAGCAUAGCAUUGCACAGUCUUUCAACGCUACAGGGUCUGGAACCUUCGCAGAGUGCACCAGAUUUAGAGUAUCAAUCUGUUGUUGAAUCCAUCAAAGGUAACAGCGGUUUUGAAGCAUUAAUAAAUCUAUUUGUCGG